AUGAACCCAGAAUCCGGUAUGUCUGGCCGUCAUCGACUCGCUUCGCUGGCUUUGCUAACAUCCGUGGAUACAGCCAUCUACGGGCGGAGCCCAAGUACGCUCUUCCGUCGAUGCGUCGUCAACUGCCCAACCGAGGCGCCGCCGUGUCCAACCUGCAAGGAGAAGGAGAUAUGCACUCUCACGGCCAAAUCGUGCGAAGCCUGCGCUACCGCCAUCUGCGUCCCUGAUCCCCUCGCCAACCAGCCGUCCGAUGACUCGGGCUCUCCCACAGGCGCCAUUGCUGGCGGUGUCGUCGGUGGCAUCGCCCUCCUCGCCGCCAUCCUCUUGACCUGGUGGUUCUGCGUCCGUCGUCGACGCAAGAACACUGAGAUAUGGCACGAAAAGACCAACGCCAGCAGCGUCGACGUCGACGGCAACAGCCAGAGGAGACAGUCUGCCGUCGGCUCCAUCGCCUCCACCGUCCUCACCAGGGCCUCCAACGUCAUCCAGAUCGCAUAUAUCCCCGGUGUCACCAACAGAUCGGCUCCCGGCUCGCCAGACCUCAUGGUCCCUCCCGUGCCUCCAAUCCCAUCUGCCGUCGCCAACGGCCAGAACCAGCACUUCUUCAUGCCCGGCGACAUCCGGGACUCCAUGUGGUCUGGCAUGACUGACGACGACGGCAAGAGCAUCAGCCCCAGUCUCGCUCGCAGCAGUGUCGCCACGACCAUCUACCGUCACAACGCCAUUGUCAGCCCUGUCCCGGCCCAGGAGGCCUACCAAGCCAGGGCAAACAUCGUCAGCGUCAAGUCAGGCACUAGCUCGUCCUCGCCUCAGUCGUCGCCCAAGGUGCCGGCCAUCACGAACUCGCAGAUCAACAAAGCCAACGCCGUCGCAGCCAAGCUUGGUGUUAGCUCCAUCGUUGCUCGUAGCGCAGUUGCUAAGCCUAUCAAUGUUACGAAGGGCGGUCGCUCCAAGACAACGACGACCACUACUACUGCUUCUUCUACCACUGCCCUCUCCGACAACAACUCAUCACAAAACACUCCCAAAGUCACAGUCGAAUCACCCGAACGCAAUCCAUCCACUGACAGUUCUAGCAGCGACUCUUCCAGCUCAAAGAACGAUGCUACUUCCACGACUGACAAAAAUGGCACCGCCAAGGUGAAAUCCCGCCAAUCCGUCCAGUCUCUCGCAGUCACUGAAAUAGACGACUCGCCAGACCAAAAACAAAGCCCGUUUGCCGACCCAAUCGUCGAGGAAGAACCCAUACCCUCUGGCUUGACUAGCGGACCGACCAGCCAGUCAAACCGAAGUGCAAGCCCUUUUGAUGACAAGCAUGAAGUUAAGGGGUAG